GAGUGGCCCACUGACAGCCCGAUGGGGGCGGGGCGGCUCCCCUUCACCGAGGCUGCCGGCGGUUGAGCGGUUCCGGGUGCGCGCGAGGCGGUGACCGCGGCGGGGUGAGUCCUCUCCAGAGUUUACUUUUGGAUGAAAGCAUGCUCUCUUUCCAGUAGAAGAUGGUGACCCUGGAGUAUCAUCAUGGAGAAGGGGAUGAGUUCAGUAGAAGUGUUACCUUCCAAAUCAUCCCAGGUUACAGCUGUAAAGGUGAUGGUGAAGGAGCAUGAAACAAAAUCGAUCCAAAAAGGAAAACCAGUGGGAUUUGUGCUUGUACAUGCAGGUGCAGGUUAUCAUUCUGAAUCCAAAGCUAAAGAAUACAAACAUGUUUGCAAAAGAGCCUGUCAAAAGGCAAUUGAAAAACUUCAGGCUGGUGCUCUUGCAACUGAUGCAGUGACUGCGGCACUAAUUGAACUAGAGGAUUCCCCCUUUACAAAUGCAGGAAUGGGAUCUAACCUAAACCUUUUGGGUGAGAUAGAAUGUGAUGCCAGUAUAAUGGAUGGAAAGUCAUUAAAUUUUGGAGCAGUUGGAGCACUGAGUGGAAUCAAGAAUCCUGUUUCAGUUGCAAAUAGGUUGUUGUGUGAAGGGCAGAAGGGAAAACUCUCUGCUGGCAGAAUUCCACCUUGCUUUUUGGUUGGUGAAGGAGCUUACAGAUGGGCAGUUGAUCAUGGGAUACCAGCAUGUUCACCAGGUAUCAUGACUACAAGGUUUAGUUUAGCAGCUUUUAAGAGGAACAAAAGGAAGCUGGAGUUGGCAGAAAAGGUGGAAACAGAUCUUAUUCAGCUAAAGAAAAGAAGACAAUCAAGUGAAAAGGAGAAUGAUUCAGGAACAUUGGAUACAGUUGGUGCAGUCGUUGUUGACCAAGAAGGAAAUGUUGCUGCUGCUGUCUCCAGUGGAGGUUUAGCUUUGAAGCAUCCUGGAAGAGUUGGUCAGGCAGCUCUUUAUGGAUGUGGCUGCUGGGCUGAAAAUAUUGGAGUUCAUAACCCUUAUUCCACAGCUGUGAGUACUUCAGAACCCCUUGACACAGGAAGCAUUCCAGGUGAACCAGAAGCAUGGUCAAGGCAGUCUUUCACUGUGGCGACUCUCCACUACUACGAUACCCAGAAGAACGAUGGUAGAAGGGGGUGCAAGAGACAAGGUUAUAUAUGUAGGCAGCACCAGAGCUGAGCUCUGAGCGCAGUUAUGCUCUUCCCCCUUUCAAAGAGGCUACUGGGGCUCAGCUCAUCCAGAUUUCUCAAACAUAAAAUUGCCUGGUGAUGGUGGUGAAUCACUCUGCUGAAGAGGAAUCAUUUUAGUUUGUUGCCCUACCACUAAUUAGAUCCAACGUGCACACAACUCAAGACACUCAUUUUUUACAGUGCUGCCUGGAAGUCCUUGUUUUCUCACUCGAUUUUGCGUGACUUUCACCCUCCCUCCACAUUGUCAAGGAGGACAAGACCUUAUUCACUUGGUACCCUCUGAAUACCGCUUCUUCAUUGUCUGGAGGGAAUCAGUCUUGAAACGUGCAACUACCUUUUUCUUCCACCUUUAUAGAGAAGGAGAAACGGACAUGAGUGACUGUAGAAGACUAACAAUUUUACUGUAGUGAAAAUGUCUGUAUUAUGACCGUAGUGUUUUGCUAACAUUUUAAAGAUUAUACGUGUAAAUUCAUUAUUUCCUUGAAGUUAACUAUUCAUUGUUCAUUUGUGGUAGUCUUGUAUGAAUGUUUUGCUAUUUAGCACUCAAACUUAGCUUAAUAUUUCUAGUUCUAUACCUUUUUGGAUGUGUUAUGGGGAGAUGGAUAGGUGACUCCUGAUUUAAAUGGGCUCCUUUUCUUUAUAACUUAUGUAAAGGGUUGUAAACAUAUCUCUAAAAACAAUUCUUAAAGUCUGGAUUCAAUAAAAUUAAUUUUUAGAGAUUUCUGUGGCUGUGCAAAAGCUUUCAUAGUACAACCUUUUAAUUUAUUUUUUAUUGCAUCCGCUCUAAGUUGUAAAUUGGCAGAUGUUUGUUUUGAGUUUUUGCUUCCCAAGGAUUUGGACAAGAAUGAAAAUUAGACUUUUUGCUUGCUUUGCAUAUUAAUUUGAUAGCCUGUGUAGACUUCCACAUUUUCACUGAAAAUUUACUUAUCCAGUGGGCAUAAAAGCUAAAAAUAAUUUAUACCCAGUAGUUUAGUGCUGUGAUUUUUACAAAUGCUGUGAGCAUGCAGAACUCAUGAAGGACACCUAAAAUACAAAAGGCAAAAUAUUUAUUAAUACUCUUGUGCUUCUUGAAUUAAUCAGGGAUUUCAAAUUUGUCAAAAUUGUUGUGAAUUGUUGAACAUUAGUAAAUGAUACAUACUGAAA